AUGUCCACGACGCACCUUAGCUCUCCGGCGCCCAACCAGAGCUACCUUUCCACGGCCACCUACGAGAAGACAGACCCCUCGGGGGUGAAAAGGCAAAUCCGCCUGCUGCUAUUCGGCUUGUGCGUAAUCAUCGCCGCUGCUACCUUUGUCGGAGGUGUGUAUUCGCUGCUGUCUCUCAUUCGGAUGAGGAGAAAAACAUCCCUAUGUCUCAUUGUGGCUUCCAUGUCGGUGGACGACCUGCUCAGUGUGGUCCCUCUCUCCUUGUUCAUGCUCCUGCAGUGGGAGUCAGAUGGAGGUGGAGGGUCGGGCAGCCUGUGCACUUCAUCUGGACUUCUGUACGUGUUCCAGGGUGUUUCUAGUAAUAUGAAGGCUUGUCUCAUAGCAGCCUACACUUUUUAUGUUACAAAGAGAUUUGGAGUGCUUCAAUCUGUCCGCCGGCCCCUAAGAGUGAUAUGGGCCAUUGCCGGUGUGUGGGCGGUCAGCCUUGCCGUCAGUGUGUUACCUUUGUGCGGAUGGGGCAGCUUUACGCCGGCCUCUCUUGGGUGUUUCCCAGAGAGCGACAGUUUUUACACCAUGCUGCUUUUCUCUUUAUACUCCAUGUGUUUCUGCGGCUUGUUAUUUUUCUUCAUCCCUCUCACCUAUCAGCUGCUGUGCUCCAGGGAGUCCCAGAGGACUUUACUGUACCCCAGCUAUUUGGAGAUGGCGAGGGGACUGAGUGGCUCCGUCCCCCUCUGUGAUCUUCCUUCCUUUUCCAGGGACAGAUUGGACAAAAGUUUCGGUGCCUACAACGAGCUGAGCCCUAGUUCAUGCGGGACAGAGCUCAAAGAGAAAGAGGACAGCGGUCUGUCCCCAGUGUCUGUCAGAGGGCAGAGGACUGCUGCUGUCGGGGACACUCCAGUGGUGUUUGCGCAAAAGCGCUUCUCCAUGAUCCUGGCGGUUGUUCGAGUUAUUUUAUGGAUGCCAAUGAUGACUUUGGUGCUGGUGCGCCACGCAGUGAAUGCACGCAGCUCAUCCCUGGAGACGCUGAGCUUCUUUCUCACUCUGCUUGCCCCUGCGUUCACUCCAUUAUUCGUGCUGUCUGAGCGCUGGAUCCACAUGCCAUGUGGCUGCUUCAUUAACUGCAAACGGGAUUCAAUGCAGGAACCUUCAGGUAAACCAUGAGUGAUGAAAAGAAGAUUUGAGUUCAGUCUUUCUUUCCAACAAGGCUAUGGAGUCUACAAGUUGUCACAUGCCGCAAUGUCUCAUAACAGUCCACCCCUUGAGAAGCCUGCCUAUCACAACCUCUUUAACUGUGACUUCACUAAUACGCGUCUGGAUGCAUUAGAAAGUGGCGGGCUCUCCAGCUUGGGGCCUGAUUUUGUUUUCAGCACCACCUGCCCUGUGGACAGCUCCUCUCAUGCAGACCUUCUGUUGGAAGCGGUGGCCAGUGGAGGAGAGGCACUGGCUGAUUGUCCUUCACUCCCUCAUGAGAACCACGGAGAUGACGACAACUUCUGCCGUGUCCCUUCGCUGCCUUCUCAUCACCAGGAGCACGAUCACAAUCUCACUGAUACGUCGUCCGUGUUCGAGGGCCCGGAGAGGAGGCUGUCACAUGAGGAGUGUCGGAAAAUCGAGCUGACAGACUGGGAGUGGUGCAGGAGUAAAUCAGAGAGAACACCCAGACAGCGCUCAUCAGGUGGUCUGGCAAUCCCCCUGUGCGCCUUUCAGGGCACCGUAUCUCUGCAAUCACCAACUGGAAAGACACUCUCUCUCUCCACCUAUGAGGUCAGCAGUGACGGACUCAAAAUCUCCAACAAUGCCAAGAAGGUGGAAGUGUAUCGCUCCAAAUCAGUUGGCCAUGAGCCCAGUGCAGACGACCCAGCAUCCGGAGCUGGGGUUGGCGACACCAACGUCAAGAUCCACCUUGAGGUUCUGGAGAUAUGUGACAACGAGGAGGCCAUGGACAGUGUGUCCAUCAUCUCCAACAUCAGCCAGUCCUCCACCCACACCCGCUCGCCAUCGCUGCGUUACUCACGAAGGGAGAACCGCUUUGUCUCCUGCGACCUGGGUGAGACGGCUUCUUACUCUCUGCUCAUCCCCAACAGUGGCAACCAAGAGGCAGAGACCAUCAAUAUCACUAUACCUGACACUGUGGAGGCUCACCGGCAGAACAGCCGCCGGCAGACGCAGGAGAGCUCUGGGUAUCGUGAGGAGAUACAGCUGCUGAACGAGGCCUACAGAAAGCGAGAGAAAGAAAGGAAAGGAGAGGCCAAGCAUUUGAGGGACAGUGCAAUGCAUUAUUGAAGAAGAGGUCGAGGGGAUACUUAUGCAGAGUAGUUUUCUGCCUCAUGCACAUUUGGUGCAAUUUAAAUGAGUGACAGUGUGCAUAUUUUACUACAGUAAGCAGCAUAUGAAUGUACAUUUCAGAGCCACUUUGGGGGAUCAUCUCUCUGCCUGCUCAGUUCACUGCCCAUCCAAUCACUUUCUGUAUUGAAUACAUGCAUACAUUCAGGACUGGAAUACAUUUUUCAUAGAUAGUAUUAUGUAUUUCAGUACUGUUUUUG